AUGUCCCAUCCUAGGGAAAAGACUGAAGCUGAAAAGCUUGCGGGUAUGUUAGCUAUACAUGCGGAAAUGACUCGCAGGUGGAAAGCAUCAGGAUUUCACGCCGUUCAAAAAGAAUGGCUAGAAAAGACGAUAUUUCCUUUGAAGCUAGUAGUGGAUUCAGCGUUAUCCAUGGGUGUUGGAUCGAUACAGGGUGGCCCAAAUAGUUCUUACAAGUAUGAUAAAUAUUACGGUUCGCGAAAUGAAGAACAAGACAUAGAUCUUCACCAUCUUUCUCAAGUGGUUGGCUUUGAAUGUUGGAUUGAUAUUUUGAGGCAAAAAUUCAAUAUUCCACCAAGUAAAGUGUACUUUCAGGAUCCGGGUUUCACCGAUCUCGAGAAAUUAUUCAUCACUUCACUUGGCCAUACAGUACUAGAGCAUCCCCAAGCAUACAAAAUACUCACACAGCGAACAUUUUUCUGUUCUUGUCGCCUAUACAAAGAUAUUGUGGCAGCUUGCUUUAGUGCUGCCAUGCCGGACUUGGCUGUUAUGUCACCACUUUGGCUGGAUAGCUGGGUAACAUCUCCGUACUACGAGGGCGGACCCUAUUUUAACAAAAUGAGGCGAACUAUCCGUCGGUACGCCAGGACACACCUUAGCCAAAAGCAAGGUCCAAUCUUUGAACGCACUCGCGAUGCAGACCUCAUAGAUUUGAGUAUAGACAGAUUAAUGCAUAGCUGGAUGCAAGACGUGGAGUGGUAUUGGAGGCCGAAUGAUUUGAGCGUAAUAGGGGAUAUAGGCGAACCGAUAGAUCAAGAAGUGUGGCGUUUCUUACCCGGAAUGUACGGUGUAAUCGAUUCCCUAGGAGGAGGGAUGGCAUAUGUGGAGAUGGCUAUAGAAAUGCAGAGGAGGCGUCGUGAGGAAAGCCCAUUAGAAGAAAUACCAAGUGGAUCUGAGUGGGAAUAUCAGGGGAAAGAAGGUGGACCGGAGCCAGAGCCGGAGCCUGAACCAGAGCCAGAGCCAGACAAACCAUUACCAUCUCCAAAAAUAACUCCUAGGUCCCCUCCCUAUCAUGAUAGGUAUCGCGGUAAUAAAAGACGACUGACACGAAUCAGAAAGCUGCGGGCAUAUCGCGACGAUGGCACGGUAAACUUUUCAUGA